AAGAAAAGUAGCUUUAGGCCUAUGUGGUGUCUGUUUCUUGGUCUGGUCUACCUUGUAGGGCUGACAACCAUGAACCUGGAUGACGACACAAAAUGGCUCACGUGGGUAGCCAAGCAGUGGGAGAAUAUUGCUGGCCACAAUAAAGAAAUCAACUUGGAACAAUUCAAAACUGCGCUCAAGGUGAAAGAGUCCUUUUUCGCUGAGCGGUUCUUUGCUUUGUUUGAUUCGGACGGAAGUGGCACCAUCUGCCUGGAUGAGCUCCUGAACACCAUGAAACUGCUGAUACAUGGGAGCGAAACAGACAAGCUUCGAUUCCUCUUCCAGGUCUAUGAUGUGGAUGGUGGUGGGUCCAUUGAACCAGAUGAAUUACGUAUAGUCUUAAAAUCAUGUCUGAAAGAGAGCUCAAUAUCUUUGCCUGAGAAGAAGCUAGAUGACCUGACAAUGGCUCUUUUUGAGUCAGCAGACUCUGACAAUAGUGGAUCCAUAACCUUUGAGGAGCUCAGCAAGGAACUGGAACAUUUUCCAGAAAUCAUGGAGAACUUAACAAUAAGUGCUGCAAGUUGGCUAAAGCCUCCCACAGCCCCACGGAAGAGCCACACCCCAUACCACUUGAGUCCUGCCUAUUGGCACAACAACAAGAACAAGCUUCUUCUCCUGGGUAGCUAUGCAUGUGUGAACAUUGUCCUCUUCAUCUUGGCUGCCCUAAAGCAGGCUGGCUCUGGCAUCUGGAUCGUGGUGGCCAAAGGCUGUGGGCAGUGCCUGAACUUCAACUGUGCAUUCAUACUGGUGCUGAUGUUACGCCGAUCUCUGACCUGGCUACGGGCCACCUCGGUAGCCAGAGUUUUGCCUCUGGACCAGAAUGUCAUCCUGCAUCAGCUGAUGGGCUACAUGGUGGGUGCUCUAACUACAGUUCACACGGGAGCUCACAUCAUCAAUUUUGCGGGAAUGUCUCAGGCUAAGGGAGAGUAUCAUCUCUGGGAAUACCUGCUCACCACCCGGCCUGGCAUCGGAUGGGUUUAUGGAGCUGCCUCCCUCACAGGCCUCCUCCUUCAGCUCCUCGUCUGCCUGAUGCUCGCAUGCUCCACUGCCCUGGUCCGCAGGAGCGGUCACUUUGAGGUCUUCUACUGGACUCACCUUUCUUACAUCCCUGUCUGGGCUUUGCUGAUAAUUCACGGCCCUAAUUUCUGGAAGUGGUUUGUGAUACCUGGAUUUCUGUUCCUUGGAGAGAAGGCCUUUGCAGCAGCUUUGUCACGUGUCGGCGGGCUGUACAUUGUGGAAAUCAACCUUUUGCCCUCCAAGGUGACUCAUUUGGUGAUUAAGAGACCCCCCUUUUUCCACUACAAACCUGGGGACUACGUGUACCUGAACAUCCCGGUCAUCGCCCGGUUCGAGUGGCAUCCCUUCACCAUCAGCAGCGCCCCAGAGCAGCCAGAGACGAUCUGGCUGCACGUACGAUCGCUGGGGCAAUGGACCUACCGGUUACAUGAAUACUUCUGGAACUAUCGUGAGCCUUUUGAAGACCAGCCUGAAUUGUCAGUGACCAGAAAAUCAAGGAAGAAGAACAGACUCUCAAAAUAUGUGCAGAAAUGCCUCUUUUGCUCCCCUGAUUCGGACCAUCCUGUGGCUACAAGCAAGGACGAGAUGAUCCAAAUAGUGUCAUAUAGACCCAUCCAGGAUCCCAGCAUCACUGAAACAGGUGAACCCGAAGAGGUGAAUAACAGCAAACAAAGGAAUGGCAUCAACUUGCCUUCUACCCACCGGCAUCCUUUCUUCCCCUCUCCUCAGUGUUACGUUGAUGGUCCCUACGGCACUUCCACACGAAGGAUCUUCACUUCAGAACACGCAGUGUUGAUUGCAGCAGGGAUUGGUAUCACCCCUUUUGCCUCCAUUUUACAAAGCAUCAUGUUCAGGCAUCGUAUGCGAAAACAAGCCUCCUGGAGCCACAGUAAUUCUUUGGGUGAGAACAUGAAACUGCAGAAGGUAGACUUUGUUUGGAUCAAUCGAGACCAAAAAUCCUUUGAGUGGUUUGUCAGCCUGCUUACCCAACUGGAAGUCAUGCAAGCCAGUGAAGAACCAGAGGCCCGAUUCCUGGAGAUGCAUUUGUACAUGACCUCAGCACUUAACAAGAGUGACAUGAAGGCUGUUGGCCUGCAAAUGGCCUUAGAUCUGCUUGCAAAAAAGGAGAAGAAAGACUCAAUUACAGGCCUCAGGACAAGAACAAAGCCUGGGCGGCCAGACUGGAAACAGCUCUUUCAGAAAAUUUAUAAAGAAGACAAAGGAAAAGUCCAGAUCUUCUUUUGUGGCUCUCCCGCCCUUGCCAAGGUGGUCAAAGCUCACUGUGAGCAGUUCAGCUUCCCCUUCUUCAAGGAACACUUCUAGCUGCAAGACGUUGGAUCUUUUUCCCCUCUGUCGACAUGGCCGUGAUUGGUUUGGUUUUAAUGAACUCAAGAAUGCUAUUGUCUUUUUAAAAGCACUAGGAAACACGUGUCCCUUGUUAUUAUUUUUAUGAAGAUAUGUACAAGAUUUUCCAUGGAGCUGGUGGGAAUCUCUGCUUGCUUGCUUAUUUAAUACAAGCCUCCUUUUGUGAACCAAGUCCACCCAAGGCAGCAAGUAAAGCACAGAUAAAA